AUGUCUAAACUCUCUCUGCAAUCGACUUACAAGCUGGCCUCGGGCUACGAGAUCCCUGUCGUUGGCUUCGGGGUAAGUCCUACCGACCUGAUUGCUAGAGCUUCCUGCAAGCUAACCUCUCAUCUCCCCUCCAGGUCUACCAGACCCCAUCUGCACCGUAUUGACACCGCCCAGGUCGAUUCCGCCAAAGCCUACGCGAAUGAGAAGGAAAGCGCCUCCGCCGUGAAGAAAUCCGGCUUGGACCGAUCGCAGGUCUUCUACACCACCAAGGUGCCCCGGUCAUACAUGAGCUACGAGAAGGCAAAGGAGGCCAUCGAAGAAAGUCUUGCCGCGACCACCGAUAUUGGCUACCUUGAUCUCGUGCUGAUCCACGCACCAUACGGCGGCAAGGAGGCCCGUCUCGGUGUCUGGCGAGCAUUGGUCGAAGCGCAGAAAGCCGGCAAGAUUCGGUCCAUCGGAGUGUCUAACUACGCCAUUCAGCACCUGGAGGAACUGCAGGCUUACAUCGAGAGCGGCGGCGGCGGCGAGAUCUCCGUGGGCCAGUAUGAGAUCCACCCCUGGUGCCCUCGUGAGGAUAUUGCGCAGUGGCUUAAGGAGCACAAUGUGGUUGUUGAGGCAUACUCGCCUCUUGUGCAGGCUAAGCGCAUGCAGGAGCCAGUUCUGCAGACGUUGGCUACGAAGCACGGGAAGACCCCGGCUCAAAUUCUGAUCCGCUGGAGUUUGCAAAAGGUACGAUUCUCGAGUCUCGUGGAUCCGGUGGGCAGAUACUAA